AUGCAAAACAAUGACGAAAAGCUCAGACGAUCUCCUGCGUCCAUCUCAAUCGCGUACCUGCGGGUCGCUGCCGAGAAGAAGAAGACGCGAGAUCGCGAGUUUGCACGAGAGCUCUUCCGUGAGGAGAAUGAACUCAAGAAGAAAAUUUCCGUGAAAAUCGAACAGGCAAACAAGAUGAUGACCAUCAUCGGCAGCUCAACAUCAUUCGGUCCAGCUCCAGACCGCGAUGGUGUUCACAUGGUCAAAGUUCUCGAUCCGAUGGCCGGCGACCGGGUCAUCUCAUUCGAGCAGCUUGCAUCCAGCAUAUUGACACGAGACAGUAUCGCUCCACGAGCUGCUCGUACCAAGCCUGCCGACCGCUCCCAAGUGCAAGAAGAGCUUCGAAGCGUGUUGGAAGGAACUAUCGAACUUACGAAGGUUCUCCAAGAACAGCUCUACGAACUAAAACUCAAAGGUUGGAAUGUAGCUCCGCGCUCUUAA